UGGGUCUGUGUGUGUGAAGGGGGAGAGAAAAAAUAACCACCUUGGUUUGUAAAUUGGGAGGGGGGGGGCUUAAUUUCAACAGUUUGGAUAGCCUGGUGGCUUUGAUCAGUGGCUUUUAACCCCCGUUGUUCUGUCCUGGUUGUGAGCUUGCUUUCACACGCAAUUGUGGGUGGUGGUGGUGGUGGGGAAAGUACCUGGCCUUUUGUGCAUGGUACCUCCAUGUUAACUGAGCAUUCUUUGCCUGCAGUUUAUCAAAAAGAUAGAUUUGCUCUACUUGGCUUCUCAAAGCUUUCUACAUCUGCUGUUUUGAAAGGUGCCUGCCAUAGCUCUUCAAGCAGUGUGUUUGCAAAAUAAAUGUCAGCUUGAGGAAACUUAGCCAAGGAAUAUGAAUAUGCCUGUGCUGCCAUUUUGUUAACUGUUAAGCUUUGGACUCUCCCAGAAUGCUGAGCAUAACCCGGUUAGCCCUGGGGACCAAGAUUAUAGGGUUGUCUUUGCGUGGCAAGGCCUCCCUUGCUGCCACGAUGAUGAAAUAUCGGAAGAUACGGAAGCCAACAGAACCACAGAACUGGGCACUGGAUUAUCAGGAGAAAUACAUCCCAUUUUCCAAGAACCAACUGGUUGAAGCCCUGGUAAAGGAGUUCCACUCUUCUAAUCAUGAAGAACGUAUCUCAUUCUUGCAGUUUGUGUCUCAGGUGGAUUCAUCCCUUGUACACCAUUACUACUCUGUUUUGGAGCAGCUACAGACACUCUAUACACCUAUUGAUCCUGACCGGGACACACUGCAGGAAUUCCCUUUGACAGAUGCCGAACGGUUAAUAAAAGAACAUAAAGUUUUGGCCACGAUGGAACCACUGUUGGAUCAAGCCAACUUCAACAAGUUGUCAGAAGAAGCGCUGGCUUAUGCACUGAUUGUCAAUCACCCUCACGAUGAAGUUCAGGUGACAGUGAAUUUGGAUCAAUACGAAUACAUCACCUUCUGGGCUCUGGGCCAACGGAUAGGACCUCUGCGAGUGAUGGCUGCAACUCGAGCCCAGAGGGCAGGCUUCUUCGGCACUGCUCGGAUUCCUGCAGACAGGCACUACUUCAAACGAGUUAUAGUGGCUGCCCGAACCAAGAAUUCCAAACUGGUGCUGAAAUGCUUUAAGGACAUCCCUCUGGAAGGCCUGGAGCAGCUGCUGCCCUUGGUCAAAGUCCGCACCUCCAUCUUCCACAGAGCUCUGCUCAACACUAUGCUGGUUGUGAGCGGCUUGGCCCUCUUUGUGAACGUGGGCAUGGUGGUGCUGUCCGACCUCAAGAUAGGAACCACCACUCUGCUCAUCUUCUUUGCUGCCUUAAUGGCCUUCAGGGCCUGGAAGGUCUUUGGCCAGCGGAGGAACAUCCACUCUCUCGAACUGGUGCAUAUGCUGUACUACCGCAGCACCUCCAAUAACUCAGAGCUUUUGAAUGCCCUCACUCUGCGAGCCCAGGAGGAGCAUGCCAAGGAAGUCAUCUUGGCACACAGUUUCCUAUUACGGCACCAGCAGCCCUUGCCUAAGGAGACAGGAGUGGAAACAGACUGCAACCCUGUUGAACACCUGAGGAAACAGGUUGAGGCUUGGCUGCGUCAACGCUCUGGGCUUGAAAUUAACUUCUGUGCUGAACGUGCCUGCAAGCAUCUCAAGGAAUUGGGAGUUAAGGGAGCAGCCCAUCCUGUCAUUGGAUGAGAGCUUCCUAGGAUUGUUUUAAUUGGUGUUUGGGGCUCUAAAUCAGCCUUGUCCCUGUGGUAUUGAGCAUGCCAGGUUUUGAAGGCGAAAGGAUGUGAACCUUAUUUUUCCAAAGCUCUAAGAGAACAGUGCCCUGUGGUGUAAUUACUUAUGCCACAUGGAUCCUUAGAAGCUAUUGGAUUUCAGCUCCCGAGAUGUGCUUCAGUUAACGCCAGAUUUUCUUCCAGAUAUCCUAUUGGAAACGUGCUGUAAUGUUAACAUUUGCAUGCUAUGAAAGUACUAUUUGGAGUACAACCUUAGACCUCAUUAUACAAAGCCAUAAUGCACCUCAGAUUCUCUUCUUCGCAGAGAGGAAACUUCCUUGCUUUUAAAAUAUCAGCACUUUUUAUUAGACAUGCUGUUUUUUUCCCCUUUGAGCUGUUUAUUUUUCUUUCCCCAAGGAAUGAGGGGAAGCAGUUUACAUUUGAAAUGAGCACUGUGCAAAGCAGUGAAUCUCUUUUGCAUUUAGGGCGAGAUGGGUUUUUAAUAUCAUGUGCUAGCCUGCUGGGGGCAUUUCUGAAAAAUAUAUUAAAUCACGUCUGCAGCACUUUGAAUUGCAUAGUAUACACUUAAUGCCAGGCUUGAAAGCCAUAUCACAUGCUAGGCUUCCUUGCUUUAAUUUUUUUUUCCUGCCAGUUUUACAGAGGUGGCAGAGGUUCACGCUUUCCAUCCUGUGUGGUCCUGAAGAAAAUAGCAAGUUCAGGUUGUUUGUAGAGAAAAAAUAAAUUAAUAGGUAAGUUCUGAUUUGCUGGAAAAAUAGAUCCCUAUUCCUCUCGGUGCAGUAAUUUUUACACUAAAAUACAAAUAUUUUGCUCUUCAAAUUUGAAAUCUGGGAAUUUGCACACAGCUAAGGAAUUCUAUUAUGGGGACAGUGCAUGCAUGGCUGGAAGACCAGGUCAUAGAGAAAUUGUCAUGGAGAACAUGGUAUCUGCCAGGAUUCAAUGUUUAAGUGGGGUCUUGUCUCUACCCCUCAGUGUGACUGUGUUGCUCCUUGACAAAAUAUCUAUCACAUUGUGUCCGAAUGUCCAUCAAGAGCUUACAUCAGCCCAAUGUCUGAUUUUUUUUCAACCUAGACCACCCUGUCCUUGAAUGGCUGGAUGGACUGGACAUUAACUUUCAAACCAUUAUAGGUUUAUGUAUUUGUCAUACACUAAAUAAAUAAAAAGGGAUGCGGUGGCUAAGACGCCAAACCUGUCAAUGAGAAAGGUGGUUAAUUCGGCGGUUUGAAUCCCUAGCACCACGAAACGGAGUGAGCUCCUGUUACUUGUUCCAGCUUCUGCCAAC